AUGCAUCGAGAUAUUAGCCGCAUAUGUCGCGUUUACUUCGCGUGCGACCACUUUCCUGCUGUGCGGCCGUUUGGGAUCCGAACCGAAUUAGGAGCAAGUAUGGCACCAUUCAUGACGGGAUGUAUAAUAAUCUAUGCUAAGAUGAUGAGUACACUUUCAUUGCUGAAAUCGAUACACCUCCAAAUAGCCUCAUUUGAACCCUUCUUUGGAUUCCCCCUGAUCUUUACUCCAAAUUCCAUGGCAAAACUGGUGCGAAUGUUCAAGGGCUCAAUACUCUGGACUACUACUGUCUUCCUAAGUAAAAAGUGGCAUGCAAACAGACUAAAAUCCUUGUGGGGACAUCAUUCUAACAAUGGAGGAUUAUUUCACCUUUAAAGUACGAAAAGACAUAAAAAUGGACUUUUAUUUAAGUUUAUGUGAUAAAUUACGUGUGCGUAUCUCAUUACUGGCCAUAAGAAUAGGAAGUGACUGUUAGACCUUCAUCAUAGAAUAUUGAUGUGUGGAACAUAAGCUAAAUAUAAUUGAGCUGCACUGGAGAUCACCAUUUCAGCAGUUUGGCUUCUGUUUUUUCGGAACUUGUCUCUCCGAAGAAUUGAUUUAUGUGGUGUAAAUCAUUUACCGAUGUAUUGCAUGAUGUAUCGCACAGAG